AUGCCUCGACACCGAGGGACUUCAGGCUACGCCCGCCUGGCCCAGGCAGAUGAAGACGAGCCCCUGGGAGAUGAGAACUCGGGAGAUGAGGAAGAAAUCAACAAUCCAUCACCACUGCUGACACGGUAUGCCUCCAUUCAACCUGCGCCGCGCGAGUCGAUGCGCCAUCACGACUCCCGCAAGCGACCGAUGCGCAGGGUUCGAAGUAAUUCAUCGGGGGUGGAUAUCAAGGCAAUAAAUGCCAGACUCGAGAGAUGGGCAGAAGAGAUCGCAUCCAAGUUCAAGAUCAGCUCGGUCAAGGGCAAGACACAGGAGGAAGAGCAGCUGGAGAUUCACCAUUCCGUCUUCCAAGCUCCCCCAGACAUCCGUCCAUACACGGCUUCGCAGCUGGCCGCCUACAAUGCCGCAGAGACGGACCGAAUGACGAAGACGCAGUUUGACGACAUUGUCGAGAGCGUCCGGGUCGCAAUUGAACUGGGAACACACCCGAAGAUGAUCUCACAAGGGAGCUCGGGCAGUUACUUUGCGCGGAAUAGCGAGGGCAAGGUCGUCGGAGUGUUCAAGCCCAAGGACGAAGAACCCUACGCUUCGAGAAAUCCCAAGUGGACGAAAUGGCUACACCGGAAUCUGCUCCCCUUCGCCUUCGGCCGAGCAUGUCUGAUUCCCAACUUAUCCUACGUCUCCGAAGCCGCUGCAUAUGUUCUGGACAACCAAUUGCGGACAUAUAUCGUACCUUACACGGAUGUCGUCUGGUUAUCCUCGAAGGUUUUCUACUACGACUUCUGGGAAAGGCGCAGCACGUGGAGUGGAAAGAGAGGCCUGCCGGCUAAACCGGGUAGCUUUCAGGUUUUCCUGAAGGGUUUCAAAGAUGCCAACAUCUUCCUCCGAGAGAACCCCUGGCCUGAUCAAGGAACCGAGUUUCGAGCAGAUGUGGAGUCGAAGCGGAAAAGGCGCCAUUUGCGCAAUUGCAUUCCAGGUGGUCGAGGUUCAGACGACGAAGAAGAGGAAGAGGCACCUCGGGUAGUCUCACCGCCGCCAUUGGAAAACACGCCCAAAUUUCGCUGGACGCCCGUCCUCAGACAAGCGUUCCGAGAAGAGCUGGAGAAGCUUGUCAUCUUAGAUUACAUCAUGCGGAACACGGAUAGAGGAUUGGACAACUGGAUGAUCAAGAUCGAUUGGAAGACGGAAGAGGUGUCCAUCGUCGCAGAGCCCCCGAAAGCGAAUCAUACGACCGAGAAUGGAGAUGCCCCUUUACGCCCACAGUCAGUCAGUCCGCAUAUCAACCCGCAACGACCCGAGUCCAAUACUUCGAGGCCCUACAAGAGGUACGAGGCCAUGGAGAGCCGGUCAGGGACGCCUUCAAAUGCACAUGAGCCGCAAUGCUCGAUCACGCUCGGGGCCAUCGACAACAGUUUGUCGUGGCCCUGGAAGCAUCCUGAUGCUUGGCGCAGCUUUCCUUUUGGCUGGUUGUUCUUGCCGGUGUCCUUAAUCGGUCAGCCGUUUUCAAAGAAAACACGAGAACAUUUCCUCCCUCUGUUGACGUCCACAGCGUGGUGGAGUGAGACUCAAAUGGCUCUACGACGAGUGUUCGCGCUCGACUCGGACUUCAAAGAGAGCAUGUUCGCGCGGCAGAUAGCCGUGAUGAAAGGCCAGGCUUGGAACGUCGUUGAAACCCUGAAGCAAGAGGACCACGGUCCUCUCGAGCUGACUCGCCGUACGAGGGUAUGCGUGUGGGACGAUCUCGUGGACGUCCCCGUGGCGAUACCGAUGCGUGUCCCGUCCGCCGAGAUGAGCCGCCACAAAGCCCGCCACGACCGCCCGCAACAAGAAGAAAUGGACAUCGGUGCCAGUUACGGGUCUGCUCCGCCUCGACAACCACAAUUCGACCUUCUCGGCUCUCCAACCACCGAACUACCCAAUCCACAUCGCUUUGACCUCACGCGUGAGGACAGUGCCGCAGACCUCGGCCAUGCGUCCUCCGACCUAGACGGACUGAGCAGCACGGCGCCCGCGUUCGACUCCCUCGACUACGCGCGUGAAGCUCACGGCAGUCUGGGCCACCAACAGUCCGCCACCCUCCCGGCCCGGCCGAGGCACAAAGCGCGCUUCAGCUUCGAGUUCCCUCGCCAGGCCUCUAACAGUAACGCCUCGCCAUCACACAAGGAUCGAUCUCGUAGGCAGAGAUCCAUGUCCACGAGAAGCGCGUUUGGUGCCAAACACCACAAGUCAGCCCCCACCAUGGUGUAUGAGGGCGAUGAUUUCGACGAGGGCGACUUGGGAUACGCGGCGGCGAGUGAUCUGGACAAUACGCACAAGAGAAAGGUGAUUGUCGAGCGAUUGGAGACGGUGAAAAGCAAGAAGCCUUUCUUCACGUGGUGUUAG